GCCGUCUUCAGUUAAACUCUCAGCUCUUACCAGUUGGUGAAAUGACCAAUAUUACAAGAAGCGUCAGCGAAACAGAUACCUUAAACCUGUGUUCUUCUUCCCCAUUGGAUCAAUCCAACCAAAUAUGUUCUGGCUGCGACCAAGCGAUCUUAGACCGAUUCAUUCUGAAAGUGCUCGACAGGACUUGGCACACCAACUGUCUCAAAUGUGCAGAGUGUCAGAUACUCCUGACAACGAAGUGCUUUUCUCGGCACGGAGAAGUGUUGUGUAAAGAUGAUUUUUUCAGACGUUAUGGUACUAAAUGUGCUGGUUGUGCCCAAGGGAUCUCUCCUUCACAGAUUGUCAGAAGAGCCCAGGAGAACGUCUACCAUAUUCAUUGUUUCUCCUGUAUCCUCUGUAAGGAGCGCCUCAACACUGGUGACCUCUUUUAUCUGAUGGAAGACAAAAGAUUGGUCUGCAAGAGCGAUUAUGAAGCUCUAAGAAAUCGUGAUUGUUCAAAAGGAACAACCAAGAGACCUAGGACAACUAUCACAGCCAAGCAACUGGACAUGUUAAAAAAAGCGUAUAGGAAGAGUUCCAAGCCUGCCCGUCAUGUCCGAGAGCAGCUUAGCCAGGACACAGGACUGGACAUGAGGGUAGUGCAAGUAUGGUUCCAGAACCGAAGAGCUAAAGAGAAACGGCUGAAGAAAGAUGCUGGGAAGACGCGUUGGUUCGAGUACUUCCAGUGCACUACCAGAAUAACGACACAGACUCCCUCUGCUGACUCAACUCCAACCACAGCAUCACCUGGGUCUUCUUCUAGUAAUGAUGGGUUGGGGUGGCAAAUAAUGGAGUGUAAUAGCAACGAUCCGGACAAGGAUGUUUGCAGAGGUGAUCGAAAUGACAGCUUGAAGACAGACCUGUUUGAGUCAUCUUUCUUCCCAUUGUUUGACCAGAAGCAAGAUUCGAAUCCCGGUCCAUGUGAGUCUUACACCGGAACAGGCGUGAUGGGUCAAAUUUAUAGUAGACCACUAAAAUCAAGUCACAGUGAAACUCACCCCUAUGAGAACAUAUUCGACGAGCUAGAUCACGGAGCAAGUCGUUCGGGUCAUGCCAUUAUGAAAUCGUUUAACGAAUCGACAGAAGUAAGUCAUAGCAGAUCCCCUGAAGCAAGAAAGAUGGAGUUGUGUAAUGCCACGGAUCAGACUCAUAUUGUCCCAGGGGAGCCAAGUCAUGGAGAAGCUCAAUCAGACGCAAGAAAGAUGGAGUUGUGUUAUGCCACGGAUCAGACUCAUAUUGUCCCAGGGGAGCCAAGUCAUGGAGAAGCUCAAUCAGACGCAAGAAAGAUGGAGUUGUGUAAUGCCACGGAUCAGACUCAUAUUGUCCCAGGGGAGCCAAGUCAUGGAGAAGCUCAAUCAGACAAUGGGCUCGAAAAUGUAUUGAAAAGUCUGGCUUACGUCAAAUCACCGAUUCCAUAUUUUCAGAAGAAGAUAGACGGACAGAAGCUUCAUGAAUAUUACCCCCAAGUAUUAACUUCUGCGGUAUUAACCCCUGAAACUACUUGUCCGGGCACUGAGCAAAAUUGUCUUGAGCCUCAAUCUAGUCCAGAUCUAUGGCUUCACGAAAUGGAGGAACGGCUGUAA